UGCCGGCGUCUGCGGGACAGAACGGAGGGGACGGCAGCGAGGCAGCGGCAGCAUGGGGCUGGAGCUGUACCUCGAUCUGCUCUCGCAGCCUUGCCGGGCAGUUUUCCUCUUCGCCCGCUGCAACAACAUCCCGUUCGAGUUCAAACGGGUGGAGCUGAUGAAGGGGCAGCAUAAGACCGAGGAGUUCAGGAAGGUGAACAUGCUGAUGAAAGUGCCUGCACUGAAGGAUGGUUCCUUCACCUUGGCAGAGAGCGUUGCCAUCCUCAUGUACCUGGCCCGGAAAUUCAAGACUCCCGAUCACUGGUAUCCCUCUGACCUGCAGAAACAGGCCAGAGUUGAUGAGUACCUGUCAUGGCAGCAGGCCAACAUUCGUGGGAAGGCGAGCAAGGUGUUCCUAUGUAAGGUGCUGAUUCCUCUGCUUACAGGCCAGCCACUGCCUUCAGAGAAGUUGGAAAAUGCUAUUGAGGAGCUGAACGUUGUCCUGAAUCAGUUUGAGGAGAAGUUCUUGCAGGGCAAGCCCUUCAUUGCGGGCAGUGAGAUCUCCUUGGCAGACCUCGUGGCCCUGGUGGAGCUCAUGCAGCCUGUUGCUUCUGGCUACAACUUCUUUGAGGAGAGGCCCCAGUUGGCGGAGUGGCGCAGGAGGGUGGAAGAAGCCGUGGGGAAGCAGCGCUUCCAGGAAGCACACGAAGAGAUCCUGAAUGCCAAGAAUGUGGCUGCUGAGAAAAUGGCACCUGAGCUGCGGGAGCACUUAAAGCAACAGCUCUUAAAGCAAAUCAAUUAGAACAAAAGGCGUCACACUCCAAUUAAAAUGAAUGAUUUUGGGUAAGCUUUUAGUAAAAUUUCAAUAUUUCCUCUAAUAAUAGUACAAAAAACUGCAUUCCAGAAAAUGCGCUUCAAUUACAGUCUUUUUGCAACUUAGAAGGGAAGAAAACUACAUCUUGGACUGCAGGCAGGCAGCCCUUGGCUGCUUCCCCUGCCCAGAGGGUAAGGGAGCUCCUGGCCACUAGAGGCUGCUGUGUUAUAGAUCAGAGCAAAGGGACCCUCGGAGCGAGGGAGCCGUGCGAGUUUUCGAGUGAGGUCUGAGAAGGAUGGGGUGAAGCCCGUGAACGAAGAUCCUCAACAACAGCCUUAUGCCAUCGUCUACAUAGCUCAUGCACAGUUGAGAAAAGCUGGUUUUCUAGCUGAAAUCACUGCCAACCACGUGGGAGCCUUCCUCAAACCACAUCGGUGCUCCAUCCUUUCCCCAGACAGCUCUAUGGAAGACAUUUAAACCAGGUUCCCCGCUGCUGAAUGCUGCUGUGGCUGGGGCUGUACUGGGGGCAGAGGGGGCUGGUGGCCAGCCCCAGGGCAAGUGCAGUGCUUAGCAAGCAAGCUAACUAAUGCUGAAAUAAUGUUCAUGUUCCACUACUCUUCUGUCAUGACAUAUUCUCCAGUAAAGUUAAUUGUUACACUUG